AAAAAAGAAGCCACCUUCAGUUUGUUGGUGUUCCAUAUUGACUGAAAAUAAACUUUAGGUUUAUUGAAGACUAAAAAACGUACGCUUUGGUUGUUCGUUAUGUUGACAAAAAAGGCAGCUAAGGUUGGUCGAAGAUUAAAUUAUGUUCAAUGUUCCCAAACAUUACUUUAGGUUUAUUGAAGGCUAAAUGGUCUUUAUUUGCAAAAACCUACAUUGGCUUCAUUAAAGACUAAAAUAUCUUUGUUUACAAAAAAACUGAAACCCAAUUUUAGGGACUGCUGAGACAUACAUUUUGGACUAACCACAAACAACCAAAACAUUUUCAGGGGGGCUCCAGCCCCCCUUGAAAAUAAACCUAGCAACGCCACUGCUGUGGACUAAAAUGUCUUUGUUUGCAAAAAAAAACCACAAAAAAAACAUACGGUUCGGUGACAAUUCCAAAUUGUCGUCAGUAAUUUUAGGACAAAAAUGAUAAAGCAGCAAAUAUUGCAGGACGAAAGAGCAACGUUUCGCCUACCCGUGGUGUAUACAGUACAUACGAUAAUACGUACUAGUUCAUAUUUGCAUAUGUCCUACCUAACCUGCCUCUCUCUCUCUCUCGCUCUCUCACUCAUUCACUCACACAGACACACGCGCGCGCACACACACACACUUUGUGUGAUGCUCUACCUUGCCAGCCUUUGAGUGUGAGGGGAUGCGGAAAGUGACUGACAGGCAACAAAAGAGCAUGAAGCGGAACCUGAGCGUCAGCAGGAACUCAUCGUGGGGCCGCCAGGACAACGUCACCUACGUGGACUUCUACCUCCACCGGCCGUCGGUGGCGGCGGCGCUCGCCGCGUCCUACCUGCUCAUCUUCCUGCUGUGCAUGCUGGGUAACGGCGUGGUUUGCUUGACGGUGCUGCGGCGCAGGAGCACGCGAACCGUCACCAACCUGUUCAUCCUCAACCUGGCCGUCAGCGACUUGCUGGUGGGCAUCUUCUGCAUGCCCACCACCCUGGUGGACAACAUCAUCACAGGUACGGCAGGCCGACGUCCAUCUUUGCUUCCGUUUCCCUUUGAUUUUAUUUUGUUAUUUUUCCCCACAGGAUGGCCUUUUGGGAACAUCGUGUGCAAACUAAGCGGGACGGUCCAGGGAAUCUCCGUGUCGGCGUCCGUCUUCACGCUGGUGGCCAUCGCUGUUGACCGGUUUCGCUGCAUCGUGUACCCUUUCAAGCAGAAGCUGACCAUCGGCACGUCCAAGCUCAUCAUCGUCGUCAUCUGGGCGCUGGCGGCGUCCAUCUCGUGCCCGUCGGGCGUCACGCUGCACGCGGCCCGGGAGCCCGGCGUCCGCAUCGUCCUCCGGCGCCGCGACGACAGCCGCCCCUUGUACUGGUGCCGGGAGAACUGGCCCAGUCCGGACAUGCGCAAAGUCUACACCACCGUGCUCUUCGUCAACAUCUACCUCGCCCCGCUCACCCUCAUCGUGGUCAUGUACGCCCGCAUCGGCCUGGCGCUGUUCAGAAGCGCCCGGCCGGUGCGGGCGUCUCCGAGGGGUGGCGGGACGGGACCCGGUACGGAGGCCCGGCACGCCGUCUCCGGGAAGAAGAAGCGCGUGAUCGCGAUGCUCCUGGUGGUGGCGCUGCUCUUCAUCCUGUCCUGGCUGCCGCUGUGGACGCUGAUGAUGCUGAGCGACUACGCCAGCCUGACCGAGGGCCAGUACCGCGUGAUCAACAUCUACCUGUACCCGCUGGCGCACUGGCUGGCAUUCUUCAACAGCAGCCUCAACCCCAUCGUCUACGGCUUCUUCAACGAGAACUUCCGGCGGGGCUUUCGGGCCGCCUUUAAACUUCAGCUGUGCGCCGUCGUCGCCGAGCACCAGAGGAGCUUUUCCCUCCGCGCCCUGGGGAACGCCGUCCUCCCGUUUCGGCCCGCAGUCGCGGGGAGCUCGGCCUCGGCGAGCAAGGGGAGGAGUCGGGAGGCCUCGAGGGACCGGGCCAGAGACCAGGACCUGAUAGUGGAGGAUCUGUAGAAGGUUUCACAUUUUCCUGAAACCAUCCAUUUUCUGUCCUGUUCCAGGUCGCAGGGAAGCAGAAGUGAAGGCAACAGCAACAAAACUACUGCAUGAAUUGAUUGGUCGGCAGUCAAUCUGGAUCCAGUCAAUCUACUGGUCGUAAAUCAGAUUGGAUUGUUCUCAAAUCAAUCCGAAUUUGUUUAAAAUCAACCUGAAUUGGUCACAAACUCAAUCUGCACAGGUCACCAGUUAGUCCACAAGGCAAAUCGUGUCCAGUCAAUCCAGAAUGGAUUCGGAUUUAGUCAAUCUGGAUCGGUUGCCUGUCGAUCCAAAUCGGUCAGCAGUUUAUCUCUUCUCGGUAAUCCAAGUUAUCUGAACUGUUGGCGAAAAGGCCGGCAAACUCUCUUGGUCGCAAGUCAAUCUGGAUCGGUCGGUCGGUUGGUACCAUAUUAUUUUGGUCAGCUGGUGGGAUCGUGCGAUUGCUGUUACAUACAGUAUGUACCGCGAUAUUGCAAAACCGAAGUCAAUCUGAUGGUUUCGCCUGCUGUUCAUCGCCUUUGCACACUGCGGCUUGUAUCGCAAAAUCCAUCAAGCACUGUUUGUUUACAUUGUGGUGUUUGCUAUUCAAUAUUGUUUGUAUGGUAUAUUCUAUAUAUCGUUACAGAACGCGUAUGCAUAAAUAUAGACGUACUGUCACUAAUAAAGUUUGCCAGUUGGAUCUGUGAUUAGCGUUCCAUUUUUCUUUGUCGGUGGUCGGGAAUUUUCAAUUGCAAUUUGGCAAUCCGUAUUCUGUGUAGUCAAUUCAGAUUGAUUGCCGGUCAGUCUGGAUUAGUCGCCCGUGAUUCUAUUGGUCGUCAGUCAAUCCGGAUGGUCUGGCGCUCUGUUGACUUGUAUCAGUUUUAUCUUGUGGAUUAAUUUAGUCAAUCCAUUUACACAUGAAUCCAGACGACGGUUGUCAACAAUUACGACGAUGUAAAAAAAAAAAAAAAAAAAAAAAUAAUAAUCAAGUGAAGUCUUCCUAUGGACCUAACGAGAGUGCUGGUGGUAAUCCUCCGGGAGGAACCACACGGACGGGGCCGGCGUGUUCUUUAAUGCCAUCCAGUGCAAUUACAGGCGACGCACGGGAAGCGAGACACUUCUCUUCAAGUCCUUUGAGUAUUGUCUUCUCCCGCGGAUUAAGAGUGUCCUCCUGGAUCCGCUAAUCUGCCAUUAGCGCGUCCGCCUACAGCUGUUUAAUGGACGUCUUGCAACAAGACUUUCCAAAUAGCUAAUUGUGCGCCAGUCAACCUUGCACACACGCUUUG